UCCAAGAUGGCUCUUGGUGGAAAUGUUAUGAUUUCGCAGCCCAAAUGUAUACACUCGUAAUGACAUUUUUACAGCGACUGUCUCCCUCCUACGAGCCAACCUUCAUCGUUUUGGAGUUUGUAAGGAAAUAGGUAAAGCUAUGUCAGGGGGAGAUCCUACACCGAAAGGCGCCUGGUUUGAGUGUCUCACUAUACAGACAGUGAUCAAUAGUCAACUAUCCUUACUGGCUGGCCUGCGAACGCAAUGCCAUAACUCAAGUUUGACAAUUCAGAAGGAAAUUAGACAAGCCGAGAGCAAGCUGUUGUCAUUGUUUUGUAAGCAGCUGGCAAUCAAGACGGAAGCGCAGCACAAUGGCGUUCCGAGUGCAGAUAUACGAGCCCUGGAGAGUUAUCCCAAAUUGGAACAGUGGCUUGAAGUAGUAGAUAUCAAUAAAACUACAGCCAAGGAUGUUUGUAGUCGUCUUAAAAAAUUAGAAAGUUUAAUAGAUUUACCUGACACAGAUAUUAAUAAAUUAUUAAGUCAAUAUGGAGCUGCAGAAAGGGAAGCCCGUCGUCUUGUUAAUGCACGAAAAUUACUUAAAAAAGCUAUUUCUGGCAUAGCUGAAGGUGAAAGCGUGAGUGAUUUACAUGUGGACCACUGGAACGGAGAUCUAGAAAGCUGUCCUGUGAACUUGACAGGCUCUCCCAAACAACAUAGGUUAUCAACUACAUUCAAUCCCUUUGAACAAUUCAUUCCCCCGCCCACGCCACCUGCUACGUCAAACGAAAACCAUCCCAAUGCAAUUUGGAAAAUUUCACCACCUCCAACACCGAGCAGUAUGGUGAAAAAGGGCAAGAUGCCCAGCAAAGGGACGCCUCCACCAAAAAAGAAACUUGUGGUUCCAGAAAAUAACUUAAAAAGAAGUAAAUCUGAUGAGACGUCGCUACUUUAUAAAGUUAACUCAGAUGCAAAUUCUAGAAAUUUUAAGAAGCCCACUAACUUAAAGAUGCCUGGAAUUGUUGGCGGUAGUCACGAAGUCUUGUCAAAAAGGCGCCGUUCGGUUGAAUCCGAUUCUGAUGCAGGAGCAAGUAGUGGUCAGUCGUCUCCCAGGAAGAAUUCUCCGGCAAGGACGCCACCAACCCCGCACCAUUUUAUUCACGAUAAACAUGAUCUGCUGGCCAGAUCACAGAAUGCACUGCCAGGCCGACCGAGAUCCCCUAGGACACCUACAAAAAGUAUGAUACAUUCUAUUAAUCACAGGUUUACAAAGAAGACUUUUCUUAUACCUCAGAACUGUGAUUACUGCGGUGAAAAUGUCAUGUUUAAAAAAGGAUACCGAUGUAAAGAGUGCAAAUACGUAUGUCAUGCGAAAUGUGAAAUUGAAGCCAGAAAGCUCCCUUCCUGUGGGCUGCCGGAUGAACUUGAGAAAGAAUUCAGGAACGAAAUGACCAAUCCUGCUAUGAGGCAAGCAGCAGCAGAGGCUACAGCUCAAAGCGGACACGGAAUAAACAAUAACCCUUCAGUUAAAGUUAGUUUAAGUCCUAAUGACAAUGGUAACUACUUAUAUCAUAUGGAAUCCAGUUCAAAUCCAUCAUCCACGACAUCCUCCACUCCUUCUAGUCCUGCACAUUUUGCAACGUCUUCAACAACGUCAAGUAUAUCAAGUCCCGCGCAGCCUUCACCUCUAACUAGACAAACACACUUUGAUUUCCCAGAACCCAAUAAUAAGUUGACUAUAAUUUCAUCAACUACAAUAGAUAGUGAAAUUUUAUUAACACCAACUCCAAUACAUAUUCCAGUAGAGUCGCGAUGUGUUGAUCAAAAUGAGUUAGAUACUGAUUCUGAGAGGACUUUACCAAGUAAAGUCGACUCUAUAGACAGCCAGGCUUCUGAUUUUGAUCCUCUAGACCAAAGUUGGUCAAGAAAAAGUAAAACUAGUGUUUUUUCUGAGUGGGACAUUCCAUAUGAAGACAUGCAUAUACUAGAAUUAAUAGGUCGUGGACGAUUGGGAAAAGUUUUUAAAGGAUAUUGGCAUGGUGAUGUUGCAAUUAAACAAUUUAAUAUAGAUACAGAUAAUGAAUUACAAUUACAUUCUUUUAAACAAGAGGUUCAAACUUUUAGAAAAACACGACAUGAAAAUGUUGUGUUAUUUAUGGGAGCCUGUAUGAAUCCUCCUCAUUUAGCAAUUGUAACAAGUUUAUGUAAAGGAAGCACUUUAUAUUCACCAAUCCAUGUGUGGAAAGAAACAUUCAAUUUACAGAAGAGUGUUCUUAUAGCUACACAAAUAGCACAGGGUAUGGGUUAUCUCCACGCACGAGGAAUAGUUCAUAAAGAUUUGAAAUCUAAGAAUAUCUUUUUAGAAAACAGAGAUAAAGCCGUUAUUACAGAUUUUGGUUUGUUUAGCGUUACAAAACUAUGUGAAGCUGAUAGGCGAGGUAACUGUAUUCGUAUACCAGAAGGUUGGCUAUGCUACUUGGCACCAGAAUUAAUUACAUCCCUCAAGAUCACCAACCUUGGCCUUGAUAAUGAAUUACCAUUUUCAAAAUCAUCAGAUGUUUAUUCGUUUGGGACUGUAUGGUACGAGUUGUUAGCUGGUGAAUGGACCUUCAAUAACCAACCAGCACAGUCCAUUAUUUGGCAGGUGGGGAAGGGUAUCAAACAGUCACUAGGCCAUCUGCAAGCUUCAAGAGAUGUAAAGGAAAUACUCAUGAUGUGUUGGUCGUAUCAUCCCGAAUCAAGACCCACAUUUGGGGAGUUGAUGAAGGCACUAGAUCGACUCAGGUUACCAAAGAAACGACUAGCACGUAGUCCGUCUCAUCCACUGCAUCUUUCCAGAUCAGCAGAGUCUGUUUUAUAAUUGGAGAGGAAAUACCUGUUGACUUGAUCAAAAGAACAUUUGCAUACAACGUUCCAGCUGUUGAUUACAGCUUUUGUGCCUCGUUUUCAGCAACAUUUACACAACAGUGUACAAAGGUGAUGAGAAGUCACAGAGAACUUUAUGAUACUGGAUGUAUGCCUGAAUAAUUUUCUGGCAUUGUCUUCAACAACAUAAGUGAAGCCCUGGCUUAGAGUCGCACAAAAUCUGUUCUACCUCCAUGCUGAUGCCUCGGAUAUGCUACAUAAUGGGAAAAAAAGACAAACUUAAUGUUUAUGAUAACAGAGGCCCACUUAAGAAAAUUACAAAAAAAUGGUAUACCUAGCUAGUGACUAUGAAGUCUAUCUAGCUGGUGUGCAAACUGCAAUGUCCACCUAGCUGGUGACACAUUAAAAACUCUACCGAGCUGGUGACCAAGAUUACAUAGUCUAUCUGGUUGGUGAUUGAAACUACAUGUGGCUGAUACCACAAAGUCUACCUACCUAGCUAGAGACUGAAACGAAAAACUCUACCUAGCUGGGGAUGUAUAAGUUUAACUGCAAACUGUAAAUAGCUUGUUAUAAAAAAACAGCGAAGGUCUUGUAGAUCAAGAUCAUUUAACAUGUCAUAUUAAACGCUAAAUUCUCAGACGUUACUUGCUAUGCAGUGUAGAAUAUAUCACAGUCACUAGCGACUAAUUAAGAACCAUGUUCCAACUACUCUAUCCAAUUGUAUGUUAUUUAAGGUAUCUUUUAUUGUAAAUAGUAUGUAUAUGCCUUGAGCUGUCAUUUAUGGGUUCUAUGGUGUUCUUUUUCCCAUCCUAAUAUUUAAUACUAGAAUUUGGAGAUGUUUUUCAUGGUCCCAGGGAGCCCUAUGAAAAGUAUGUUGCUGUGACA